AAUUAUAAACCAAACCCACCAAAAUGUCCAAAAAACUCCCAACUAUAUCCGUAACCGCCGAGCAGCAUUCCAAUUCAUCCUCAUCCUCGCAUGACUCCGAUAGUAAUGACAUGGACUAUGGUCGCAACAGCGGGGGCGUCACAGAUGUUGAAGACUUUGACAGUCAAGCCGAGGUUCUUAAGCUAAGCUCAAGACGCGGCUCUGGCAGUGUAUCGCCUAGGCAAAAAACCCAGCUACAAAAAUCGAAACCCUUUGAAAAUGAUGUCACUGACGUGGAGGACUACGAAACAGAUUCGGACGAUGAAGAGAAGAGCAUCGCUUAUCCCGAAUUGAAAUUAUCGCUACGAGAAUUUUUACAACAAGGACACCAAAAUCAGGAGGCCGUGGACAAUGACGCCAAGGAGAGUUGUGAAAUUAGAGCGGGUAACUUUCUUCAAGCACAAAACCUUAAUGGUCUGGCCGACUACCUUACCGACUGCGAAGAUUAUGACACAGACUCCGAAGUAGGCUAUGGCUGUGAGAAGUCUGUGUGUGUUGACCUAGAUAAUGCAGUGGGCGAUCAGGGACGCGUCAAUAUAGCCGAUGGCGAGAAGCAUGAGGAUGACUCCGAUCACUACGAGGAUGUCUCUGUCAUUAGCGACAUCAGUGAUUUGGCUUCAGCCAUGUCCGACUGCACUGGAAUUGGUAUUCACGUACGUGGCAUGUCUGAGGAUGAGGUGCUUAUGGUAUCCGGCAGUGGCAGUGAAGAGGUAUGUCAAAUAGCCUGCUCGAGUACCGAGUCGGAAUCGGGUGGCGCAGCUGGUAGAAGCGCCAGCAUAAGUGAAGCCAGCUUGCCCCCGAUAGAUGUGGCCUUUGUAAACGCCAGUGGAGAACCUCGCAGAAACUCCAAGUCCAUAUUCCUAAAUACUGAGCAAAGACAUUUUUUACAAGUAACCCCCAAAAACGAUGAGGUACUAACGGACAUUGAAGGCAUCGAUGAUUCAGGAGCCGAAGACAGCUUUGAUAAUGAGGAUGACAAUGAAGAGCCCAUACCACGUGCUAUAAUUCUAGCUAUAGGCGAUGAUGGCACCUGCCUAACGGAUGUGGAGGACAUGUGUUGCGAUGACCUUUCGCUAACAAGCGCCGUGCCCGAAGCGAUUUCUGUAGCCCCCGAGGUAUUGCCACAGCCACAUCGCGAAGUCGUUGAGUUAAAAGAGGACAAGUAUGGCGAUACGAUUACUAAUGUCAUGCCUAUGAAAAGCAACUACGAAUUUGGUAUACCCAACCACUUAAAGGAUGUCAACCAUACCGAUUCAGAAGAAUACUCAUGUAUGGAAGACGUAAGCGCAACUAUUUCUCUAGCCGAGGAACUGGCUGUUGGAUCACCAGGUCUAAUAGAGAAUGAAGUCAUUGUUUCGAAUGAACUAUUAAAACAGCAAAACAAACGUUUGGAGGUGCUGUCGAAUGCCGAAUCUGUCACUGACGUCGAAGAAAUCUUUGUGGCAGGCACUAACCGACGCAAGAAGUUGAAGACGCGCACACUGAGCAAGGGUAAAAACAAGCUGCUGGAUGUUGUCAAGGGCAAUGAGGCAGGCGUAACCGAUGUGGAAGACAUGGAGCUGAGCGAGUGUGACCUACCGCCAGGCGUUAAACGUGUGGCACAACUCAAACAUCAAGCCAAGGGCCACAAUGCAGACAAGCUAACUGAUGCCGAAGAUAUUUCCACUGACGACGUAUCCGAUGCUUCUGAGGCUUCAUUGCCGCCGGCUGAGUUACCCAAACAGUCUCAAAACAAGUCCAAAUCGCAUCCACUUCACUUGCGUUUACGUAAAGACGAUGCCGUCAGUCAGCAGAACACAGACAUCGAAGAUGUGCAACUGCCCUCCGAUGCCGAGGAUGCACUUGAGCCCCCGGAAAUCAAGGUGGCCAAUAGCAAUAGCAAAGAGCUCAACGAUAUGUUAAAUGAGAGUUAUACCGUGGUGCACGAAAGGAGCGGCAGAAGUUUCAAUGCCGAGGCCGAGAAGCUGCACAUAAAGGGUGUGAUACGGGAUGCCCACACAGACGUUGAAUAUGUUGAAUCCGAUGAGUCAGCUGCUAGAGGCGGCAACUAGUCAGCCCGUAUCCCUAUUCUCAAUAUAUAUAACGAAAACAAUCUUAACAAUAGUUCAUAGCUCGUAUAAGUGUCCACAUAUAAGAUACCUAAUGAAACUCAACUGAAUACAUAACACAUACACUCAACCAUAUUAAGGAUUUACAAAAACAACAAUUGCUCCAUCCAUUCUGCAUACAGAAAAUGUAGCCCAAGAAAUUG